AUGAAGACAUACAUUGCUGCCAUCCUGCUGGUGCUUUCCCUCGCUGGGCGCCUCUCCGCCGCCGCCGCCGCCGAUGACGACAAGGUGGACGCCGUUAUCCGUCUCCCGAGCCACGGUCCAGGGGUCGCUGGCGCCGGUGAAGCAACGGCGGCCGUGAAGGAUUUUGAGCGGCCGAGCUGCUGCAACCGGGAGCGGUGCGGCGGGAUCCUGCGGAUAUGUCACUGCGAUGAUAUGUUCGACCACAAGUGCCCCGCCACCUGCGUGGACUGCGUGUCCUUGGGCCGAUCUGGCUACUACUGCGGAGACAGUUACCUUCCUGGCCCCGUGCCCAGGUGCACCAAGGUUGGCCGCAACGGCGACCUCUCCGGCGGUAACUAGCUAGCGUCGCCGCCGACGCCCGGCCGCAGCCUUGCACCGGGUGAUGGUGAAUCCAAUAAAGUGAGCCGGCCGGUGGGCGAGUGGACGUAGUGAAUCACUGUGCCAGCGUUGUUCGUCUGUUGUGGUCGCUCUUUCCUCCUUUUUUCUUUCUUUCUUUCGGACUGUUGCUGUAACGCUAGUUUAAUUGCACCGAUGAAUAAGAUGAGCUGUGUUGAUCAGAUUGUCGUGCUAGUUUUGGUUCCGUUCAAGACCUCGAGUUCGAGGUGCGCAAUGAGGUGCGGCUACAAUUUGUGCUUGGUUCCAGCUUCACCCCCCUGCAUGGUUGCAUGGUUGAC